UUUUUCGUUUUCGUUGUGCUUCGCGAAUGACGAGAUGUUGUGUUGUUGUAAUUCGUUAACUUUUAGUUUUGAGUUAUCUAAGCGAUUUCAAUAAAGUGUUUUAGUUUUAAAAGCUCUCAAAAUGUGGCACGAGGCUAGAAAGCAGGAGCGAAUGAUUCGCGGUUUGAUUGUAGACUAUCGUCGCCGCGCUGAACGCCGCAAGAAUUUCUAUGAGAAAAUCAAAGCAGACCCCACCCAGUUUCUGCAGAUCCAUGGGCGACCAUGCAAGAUCCACCUGGACCCAGCCGUGGCAGCCGCCGGGGAAGGCCCGGCUAUCAUGAUGCCAUGGCAAGGUGAUUCCAACAAUCUCAUUGACCGCUUUGAUGUGAGAGCACAUUUGGACAUCAUCCCUGAAGUCAAAAACCCAGAAAUACCACCUGAAGAUUUAGACCAAGAAGAAAGGCAUUGCAACUAUGAAAGAUACAGGAUAAUAGCACAGAAUGGAUUUCUUGGAAUCAGUGAAGACAAAUUCCUUCAGCAGCUAGCCAUAGAGGAGCAGUUUGGUGUGACCAUAGAAGAAAAAGAGGCUCAGAAGGAAAAGCUGAAUGAGAAGAAAGGAGUUGGGGUGGCCAUAGGCUACAAUUACAAUGACCCGGGUGCUCAACCAUCGUGUUCAAUCGGCUCAGAGACUAAAGCAAAAGAGAAAGUGGAGGAAAAAGACUCAGACGAUGACUCCGACUUGGAUGUCAUUGAUGUGGACCUGAGUAUUGAUGUCAACAAAAUGGAGCCACAACAGGCGCACGAGCUGAACGCCGUGGGCCCGCAGUACGGCAUGGCUGGCUGCGACCUGUUCUCCUUCCUGACUGGGGAUGCAGAUGAUGCGGAACAUCAGAAGCAACUGCUGAUUGAGGAGAAGGAGAAGGCCAUGUUCUCGGGCAGGAAGAGUAGGAGGGAGAGACGGGCUCAUAGAGACAAGAAGCUAGCAACACGCGUGCUGAGCCCGCCCAGCUACGCCGCGCCCUCCUCCGCGCCGCGCGCCGCGUCUCAUUCCCCCUCGCGAUCACCCUCGCCCGACCGCCCCGACAAGAUACAGUUCAUCACCGAGUUCGGAGGCGACGAGGAGACUACACCAUCAAAACCGUUAUAUUCCGAGAAGCUAAAACAGAAUCUAAAGAAAACAGCACUCUACUCUGAAGUGGCUCGGAAACCUAAAGCAAGGUCCAGAUCAUCCUCAGCCGAGCACUACCGUCCUAAAAUGGGUCCUCACCGGCCGAGAUCGCGCACGGUCUCAAACUCAUCACACUCGCGUUCUCGAUCUCGCUCGCGUCGACGAUCUCGCUCGUUCUCGCGAUCUCGCUCCAAGUCCAGCUCGAGAUCGAGAUCCAAGUCGAGAUCGUCGAGCCCCCGGCGGGGUAGUAAUAAAGGACGACGCGACAGCACUGAAAAUAAUUCUAGUGGCAAGCGGUAUGACUCAAGAUCAACACAAGAGAGCUCAGACAAAGUGCACAGUAAACCGGCCGUCCCGCGCUACUACGGACGCAAGAAGGAGGACCACGCCUCGUCCAGUGACCUCUCCAUAGACUCAGACUCCAGCGAUGGCGGCGAUGAAUCCAAAAAUAACUCAGCGGGUGGGAAUAAAUCAAACUCGCAUUCAAAUCAGUUACGUUUAACUGGAUCCAGCUCCAAAGGCAUGUCGAGAGAGGCUAUAUCACUAAAGGAGAAACUCAAGAAGAAAAUGCAGGCACAACUAUCAAGGCAACUUCGCGCAGACAAACGGGCUGAAGCGGAGCGCCUGGAGCGAGAGUCACGGAGACAAGCGAGGCGAGACGAGGAGAUGAGAGAACUGGCCAUCAAACUGCGCCGCAAGCAACGUGAAAUGCGGCACCAACGAAACAAGAACUCUAGUGGUUCCGAUAGAAGUCGAAGUGGAUCUUCAUCAAGAGAUUCCGAACCACGUGAAAAGAACCGAGACGACAGCAAAUCCCGCAGCCCUUCACCAACGGAACAAGUGAAGAAGAAAGUAGCGGUCUGGGCGCCCAACGCCACGAACGUACCCGAGAGACCCAAGUACCCUGAAGGACCCAGAAAUACAGACAGCGAAAGACCUACUAGAUUUAUGGAAACAGAAAGACCCAGGUUUAUGGAAGGUGAGAGGCCCAGAUAUACAGAAGGGGAUAGGCCUAGAUAUCCGCAAGGGGAUAAGUCUAGGUAUCCCGAAGGUCAAAGGCCAAGGUAUCCAGGCAACGACAGACCGAGGUACCAAGGGCCGAGGCACCAAGACAAUGAAAGGAGAUACGACGGAGGGGAAGGGUCAUAUCAGCAAGAUCACGGUAGGAAAAGGUUUGAUAACCCCGAGUACAACAGAGAUGACAGACAACAAGGGAACUAUAAUCAGAAGUUUCGUCCUUACGAGGGUAGAAGAGAUUUUGACGGCAAUAAAGAUAACCCAGGUAACAACAGGUGGCACGGUUCAGGCGAAAGAAGACCUUAUAGAGGUGGAUAUAGAGGUAACAAUCGGUUCGGAGGUCCCAGUCAUCACGGGGAGAGGCCACCUCCCCAUUGGGAGAAUCGCGAUGAUGAGAGGAAAAAUAAGGUAAAACUAGUUGAUUACUGAGUACCAGACAGAUGUAAUGUAUUUUUUUGGUAACACUUUUUAUACGGAUUGUUUUUUAAAUAGGCUGCUGUUGUAUAAUGAACUGUUUAAGGUGCAGUUUCUUUGUAAGCAAUAAGCACAACUUGUGAAAGUUAUCUGUUCUAUACAUAUACACGUAUUAUGUUGUCAUUGUUUACCGCAAAACUUGUUGUCGCGUAUACGAAUUGCCACUUACGAUAUCAAUUACUGUUGUGCCUGUUUUCCAGUUUCAAUUUUAUUCUUAAGAUUUCCCUAAAGUUAUGACAGACUUAUUAUGAACUUGAAAUCCAUUUUACGCAUAUCAUGAAGAAAACGCUACUGCUAUGCCGUUUAGUAUGCGUUGUAGUUGGGUAAUUUUGACGUAAAUACCGAACGGGGAUAGGUCUGCUAAUCUGCUAUUGUUAUAUUCCCUGUAUAAGGCGAACGCCUUUAGUAGAUAUAGAUAUUGUUCCUGUUUAUACGUCUUAUAAACUUAUUACUAGCACCUUAUUUCUACUAAAUGUUCUACGAUAGUAACAAAACUGUACGUAUCAAAAGGGAAAACUUGUAUUAUAGAAUAUAUAAUUAAAGUACCUCCACAUUUCCUGUUCCAAUUUUAUAAAUUAUUAUAUAAAACGUAUUUGUACAUAGUGUUUAAAUAAAUGAUAUAAAAUUUAA